GCCCUCUGCACCGGGUCCGUGUGCCACCUUUCCCUGCUCGGGCGCCGCGGCGCGAGCGCUUCCCUUCCCCCUGCGAGCGCUCGGAUAAUGUCUUGAGAAUGUCCAUUUCUGGGACGCUUAGCAGCUAUUAUGUCGACUCGAUCAUAAGUCACGAGAGCGAGGACGCGCCUCCAGCCAAGUUUCCUUCGGGCCAGUACGCGAACCCGCGGCAGCCGGGCCACGCCGAGCACCUGGACUUCCCCUCGUGCAGCUUCCAGCCCAAAGCGCCGGUGUUCGGCGCCUCCUGGGCGCCGCUGAGCCCGCACGCGUCGGGGAGCCUGCCGUCGGUCUACCACCCCUACCUGCAGCCCCAGGGCGCGCCGGCGGCCGAGAGCAGGUACCUCCGCACCUGGCUCGAGCCGGCGCCGCGCGCCGAGGCCGCCCCGGGGCAGGGCCAGGCGGCCGUGAAGGCGGAGCCGCUACUGGGCGCGCCGGGGGAGCUGCUCAAACAGGGCACGCCCGAGUACAGUUUGGAAACUUCGGCGGGCAGGGAGGCUGUCCUGUCUAAUCAAAGAGCUGGCUACGGGGACAAUAAAAUUUGCGAAGGAAGCGAGGACAAAGAGAGGCCGGAUCAAACCAACCCCUCUGCCAACUGGCUGCACGCCCGCUCUUCCCGGAAAAAGCGCUGUCCCUACACCAAAUACCAGACGUUGGAGCUAGAGAAAGAAUUUCUGUUCAAUAUGUACCUCACCAGGGACCGCAGGCACGAAGUGGCCAGACUCCUCAAUCUGAGUGAGAGACAAGUCAAAAUCUGGUUUCAGAACCGGCGGAUGAAAAUGAAGAAGAUGAAUAAAGAGCAGGGCAAAGAGUAAAGAUGACCCCGCCCUUCCCCAGCUCACUUUUAUUAUUUAUGUGAUGGCCAAAAAAGCCACUGCUGUCUGGGUUGUACCCAAGUGAGUGAGGAAGGGCAUCUCCUCUUUAAAGUCCCCCAUCUGCACCUGGAGCCUGUCUCCUCUCCUUUGCCUGUCUCUCUCUCCGCUCCCCUGGUGUUAAGAGGAAGUUUUCUUAAGUUAGAAGCUAGCUGUACUUGGUUUCUAGAAACGUGAUGAGCCUCACCCGCUCGAGGGAAGAGACCCCUAGUCAAGCUCCUAGCAUCCCCCGCUAAUUUUUCUGGAAACCCCCAGCCCCUCUCUUCCAGUCUGCCUGUUCCCUCCCUACCCUGCAACCUAGCCAGAUGCCACCCAGGUACAGUUUAAUUGCACACAGUCCAGAAAAUGCCCACGGACAUAAAGUCUGGAGUCCACAAUAAUAGUGGAGAAAGAAAGCAACACCCUCUGUGAAGACAUUAUUCACCCAAACCAGCAGGGCAGCCCUCAGAUUCACUUAGGAUCUGCCACGGAUCCAAAUACACACUAGGAAGAUGUCUAGAGAUGCCCUCAGCCCAAAGUUUCAACAUCUCAAGGUAUCCCUAUGGAAUUGCCAGCUAGACCCCAUAUCUGGGGAGGCCUAUGGGCAGAUGUGGUCAGUCCUGUCCUCAAGCUGUUGUGAGCAAGGGAGGACAAGAAAAAGCAGGGGGUGAUUUUAUGAAGGUACCUUUAGUGGAGUCCCCUCACAUAUUUUCCUGCAGGAAGUGUUUAAUUCUGCAUGUUUUCCUCUCCUUCCAACUAAAGGAGGUCAGAUUGUGGGUCCUAGAGUCUUCACAAUACUCUUCCCCCAUUCAUACAUCCCCACCCCCCUUUGACAGAAUGUAGCUUUUCUCACUGACCACAACAGUGUUGGAUUCUUCUCCAUUCCCUCCAACUCUGAAAUCAACUCUACUUUCCCUCAAACCCAUCCUGCACCAGCAAGACAAGUCUCCCAUUGUAGAAAAAAAAAAAAAAAAAAAAAAAAAAAAAAAAAAAAAAAGUCCCUUUCCCCUCUGCUAGGUCAACCCCACUA